GUGGAAGGAAGUCGCCGUUACGCGCCAAAUUCAUACCAUUGUUUUUUUUCGUUGUAUCUAGUACACUGACACUUGUCCAUACAGCCAAAAGUUAUAUUUUCAUGUCUAUUAUCUGUGAGAAUGGUGAAAUUCUGGUGGAUGUUCAUAUUUAUCGCUAGAACAGUUAUAUCUAGUGACAAUAAUUUACCCGAUUUAGAACCGGAAAAAGGUUCUAGGUUUCUACCUCUGUUUGAUAGGCGGUAUGAUGACAGACCUCCACCAAUUGGUCAUCUUCCACCUUUAACUACCGUACCCGUGGCAGGUGAAAGAUGUUCAUCGAGGCUCGAAACAGCGCUCGAGCAGUUGAAGCGACGCAAGAGAAAUCAAUCAAAAAGCUUGGAUACUCCCUUGAGCCAAAGUAUAGAUCUCAACGGAUACAGUUUAUCUCAAACAAUGAGAACCGCACCAAUUGAUAUGAUCGUCACAAGGAUGCGAGUGAGGCUGCCCCAAAACACCAAUUGGGUUCGAGUUGAAAAAUGCUUCUUCGACCCUCGCAAUAUAUCCCUGGACACAAUGCUGUUGUUCCAUGACAUAACUAUAUCUGGGAACGUGGAUUUAUACGAUGUGAACGAACUGGACCGUGCAAUGCCUUCUUCCCAUCGACUGAGAAGAAACUAUGACGAUGUUCCUUACUACGCGGACUCAAACAGACACCGCGGUAACAACGGUUGUAACAUGAUACUUAGACUGCGCAAAGCUGGCAUAGGUUUCCACACCCGUCCUCUACACCAACAGCCGGGUAAAUUUAACGUCAAAACUGAUUCAGAGUUCGUCGAACCAGGUUUUAUAAGUGUUUACGCCUACGGUUGUGAGAAGUAUAUCAACAGAAAUUCGGUACGAAACAAGGACAAUCUACCGUUAAGGAGGAGACGAAGAUCUGACGAAUUUACUUUCGAUCCUCGAUUGGACGAACCAUAUAAGGACUCUUAUGAUGAACUGGAUAGCAAAGCUUCAGAGAACUACGAUACUUUAUAUGAAGGUAGAAGCAAUAGAAUGAAUUAUGGCAGAAGUAAGUUUUACAAGCCAGAGGUCGAUUUAGACGAUGCUGAAGACAUUUCCAGAGAAAUGGAGGACAUUUUCACUAAAGGAAUAAGAACGCUUUUAACUACAUACAUGAAAAAGGAAUUACAGCCUGCUAUUAAAGACACUCUUAUGAGAAACAUGGGUUAUGUGAUAUCUUAUGGAUGAGAAAUAAAUGGUUUUGUAAAA